CUUGGGUUGUUCUUUUAAAGUUGAUCGCCCUCAAAUUCAUUGUCCUUGGGAUUAGUUAAUUUAGUUAUUUCUUCCUCGUACAGUUCGCACAUCAACAUCUACUUAUAAAGUCCCUUAGCUAUCGGAAAAAUCUAAUGAAUUGUUAGUAAAAGCACUCUAAUAAUGAGGAAGUAAAAUCUGGUCUACCGAGAAAGUCUACUGUAAAAAGUGAGUGGUGUAAAAUGUGAGAAAGAUCAGGUAACUUCCUGGUUUGUGUAUUAAAGAUGAAGAGGUCAUUUUAAUUUGGAAGUGUUGCAAUAUUUUACUACAGUGUUAGUUCUGGUGAAUACAUGUACUUUGAGGAUUAAUUUUGAUCACCUUGUGAAAGAUGGUGAUGUACAAUUACACAAUUUUAAGAUAACUACAGAGUUUGGAUAUAACAUAACUAGCCUGCCUCACUCUAGGUCUUAUUAUAACUAGAUACAUUGUUUCUAAAAAAUUGCGAGAGUGUUGGUAUUUAUUCAUCUGGAUUAUUACCACCAUAUUCAUCAGUAAUGCCAUUGAACACAGUGUCUGGUCUAUGGAUCAUUAUCUUAUCCCUAACAAGUAAAUUCAGUAGUUGUGAUGGAAAAUCAUACAGAAAUUAUACUGAGAAAUUUUUAAAACUAGCUGUGUCAACAGACUAUGUGUACAUUGGAGGAGAAAAAAGUUUGAUUCAAUUAGAUUCAUCCCUACAUUUGACAAAGCAAUUGAACUUGCAAGAUCAAACCAACACCUAUCAUAGUAGUUGGUUAUUGGUAGUUGUCAACAAUAAAACUUUAAUUGAAUGCAGCCAUAAAUUGCCAGAUAAAACCAGAUGCAGAAAUUUUAAUCUAGAACUUGAUGUAUUAGAGGGUACAACACUAUCUCUUAAAAUCAAACAGCCAUCAGCUAGAUAUGCCAUUACUAGCUUGAAUUUAGAUACUGAUCAACAAGAUAAAAAUAUUUUAAUUUUGGCAUCUUCCAGUUGUUUAAAUGCUCAAAUUUCAGGAGGAAAGUGCUAUGCAAUUUCUAGUUAUAGAAUAGAAAAUGGCUUAACUGAGGUUCCCAAAUCAGGUUUAGGUUUAGAUUAUUAUGUUACCUAUAAAGAAAAAACAAAACAUGUUGAAUUUAAAACUUUAUUUAAAAUUGACAAAUUUGUUUAUGUUUUGUUGAACACACUGGAAAAGCAUUCAAAAUUAGGAAAAAUUUGUACAUUGCAUCCUGAUGUGAGAUAUUACCCAUAUGAAGAUACAGAAAUCCAAUGCAAACAUAUUACUAAAGAUUACACAAUGGCACAAGAUGCAGUAUCUUGGGAUGGAUAUUUAUACGUUGCCUUUAGUGAUGAUUCUUCAAGUGUGAUAUGUAGAUAUAAACUUUUGGAAAUAAAAAAGAAAUUCCAAAUAUCUCGAAAGAAAAGAUUAAAGUGUCCCUAUGCUGUUGAAAACAAUUAUUUUGAAGAGAAACUCCUUGAUAAAGUUGGAAAAAAGAUUUGCUACAAUGAAACAAAACAACAGUGUCAACUCCCUGGAGGAAAUUAUACUUCCUGUCCAGAGUUAACUGAUGAUAAUGAUGGUUUCUGUAAUACUCAAUUUUUUGGGCCAAUUCUAGGAAAUGUGAUUUUAUCGAAUGAUAAAGUUAUAUUCAGUGAGGAUAAUUCAGUGAGUGGUGCUGUAGUAAAACUGGGUGUACUUCCAUUUGACCAUCAUGCUGUGAUUUAUGCAGGUACAGCAACUGGGAAAAUAGGAAAGAUAUUUGUGAACACAACAGACAGCAAAACUUUAGGAAUUUUUAAAAAAGUUCAGAUUUCAUUUCCAGUUUUAGACAUUAAAAUUCACAACCAAGAUGUCUAUGUUAUGACUGAAAAUACGGUGGUAAAUGUUGCUGACAAAAAUGAGCCUUGUCCAAUAGAAGCAGCUAAUUGUGAAGAAUGUAUGAAAUCGAAUAAUCCAGCUUGUGGAUGGAACAUCGAUACUAAAGAAUGCAAGCCAAAUCCAGACAACACUGUAUGGUGGUUACCAUCAAUAGGAAAACAGUGUCUUGAACUGAAAGUCGGGAAACAGUUCAUUACUGAGGAUGAUAGUUCAAAUUCCCUGACAGUUAUAGAUGUUGAAUUAAAGUUUGAACCACCAAUAAAUUUAUAUGAUAUUUACUGUAAAUAUGUGGUAGAAAACAAUAUUACCAUUGUUGGACCCAUUAGACCUACACAUGGUGUUUUAAAAUGUCAGCUAUCAGUAACAAAAGAAGAUUUUAAACUGACUGCAAGCUUAGUUAAUAGGGCUGGGACUGUAGACAUUGCAUCAACAACUGUGAAGUUAUAUAAGUGUUCAUCGCUAAGAAGCUGCAAGACAUGUGUACGUAGUGGACAGUGCCAUUGGUGUUUGAAAACAACAACAUGUAUAAUAAAUGCCUCAGCAUGUGUUGACACAGGAGCUUUAAUUCAGCCAAAUGAGGAACAAAGGUGUCCAGCAAUAAACAGUACUAAAAUAAUGAUACCUGAACAGAAAACAAAAUACUUGAAGAUCCCUGUAGUCAACAUAAAGAAAAGUGAUGAGGACAAACUACAGUGCAUCAUUGACGGACAAGAGAAAUCUACUCAAGUAGAAAACAUAGAAGAUACUAAUUAUGUUGUGUGUAAAAAUUUGAAGUUUCCUAAAGGUGACUCAACAUUAUACCUAAAUUAUAGUAGUUCAAGAUUAGAUGGCAGUUUAAGUUUAGAAGCCUAUGAUUGUAAAGAUUAUAAAAGUAGUUGUGGAUCCUGUAAAUUAAAAAAAUUUCAAGGCUAUCAGUGUGAUUGGUGUGGUACCUGCAAAUCUACAGAUAGUGGUAUUCCUGGAGCAUGCACACAAGAAUGUCCAGUCACUGUAUCAAAGGUAAAUCCAGAAUCAGGUCCUAAAUUUGGUGGCACUCUAGUUGAUAUUACAGGCAAUAAUAUUGGUAGCCCAAAUGACAACAUUUCAGUUUCUAUAAAUGGUGCUCAGUGUUCAAAUGUAACAGUGAUUAAACCAUUUAAAAUAAUUAGAUGUAUAACAGGAAAUGCAACUGAUAUCACGUCAGAUUCACUGACUGUGACUGUAAAUGGGGAGGAUGGUUCUAAAAAGAACAAGUUUACUUAUGUUGAUCAACAUAAAUUAUAUGGUUUUGCACCUAACAAAAGUAUAAUAGCUGGCGGUAAAAAGAUUCAGAUUUUCGGAAGUAAUAUUGUCUUCCCUGGAAGUGAUUAUGAAAUACAUUUUUGUAAUGAUUCAGACUGUAUUGCAUGCAGAUCAAACAAAGCUAAUAAGUUUAAAGGAAACAAUUUAAUUUGUCGAAUAGAAAAGUCAACAGGACUAUCAACAUUGACAUAUGUAAAGGUCAUCAUUGAUAAGCACACAACAUUGGAAUGGAAGGGAGAGUUCAAGAUUGUGGGCAAUCCAAAACUACAAGAAAGUGAUGCAGCCAGUGCUACUGUAUUUAAAAGUGGUGGAUCAAAGAUUACCAUACCAGGUAGUGGAUUCAGUAAUGUGGGGGAAGUAUCAAUUGAAGGCGUGGAAAAACUAUGCACCAUUAAAUCUGAUGAGAAGGUUGAAUGUGAUGCUCCGCCAUAUGUUAAAUCAGACUUUGGUAGAAAGAAAAGAGCCACUGGUCAAAAGGUGAACAUCCAUUUCGAUGGUUAUAUGUCUUCCUAUACGGUCUACUAUGCAGAAAAUCCAGAAUUUGACAAAUUGACCAAUGUUGUAGAAUAUGAAGAUGGGGAAGAAGGAGUACCAAUUAUGAUAAAGGGCAGAAGCUUACUAGAAGGUGCACUUCAGAGUGAUUAUACAGUAAAGAUAGGACUUGAUGGCACUUGUCUCAUACAACAGAUAUCUAAUUGGAAUAUAACAUGUCUUCCACCAAAAAGUAAACCACGUACAAAUCACAGUGAUGAAACUAUAGUGUUUGUUGUGGUGGAGGUUGGAAAUAUUCAGGAUAAUUUGGGAAAUAUUAGAUACAUUACAGCCUUACCAAUAUUGCCAAUAUUGAUAGGAGUUUUAGGUACAGCUCUCCUUGUAUCUGUUGCUGUAGUUAUAACAGUAGUAUUAGCAUCAAAACGCAAGAGGAAGGGAGCAGAAAAAAAAUUCCAGAUGGAGUUACUGGUGCUUGAGGAUAAAAUCAGAGAAACUAGUAGAGAAGAAUUUGCUGAUGCUCAAAUGACUAUCCGAGACAUCAAAUCAGAUUUAGUAACAUCACGAGUGCCGUACUGUAAUUACCAGUCAUAUGCCUUCCAUCAACUGUUUCCUAACCAAGAUAGUUGCUCACAUUCACUUCUUUUUGAACCAAUGGUAACAGAUGACAACAGAAGGAAAGUACAGAAAGCUAUGGAUAUGUUUGACAAGCUUAUGACCAAUAAACUGUUCAUGAAAUCACUUGUGCAAACUUUAGAAAGUCAGAAUAAACUGACACCACAAGACAAAGCCCAGUUUGCUUCAUUACUGUCAGUUUGUUUGCUGGGAAACAUGAAACUUUUCUAUCAAUUGAUAGAUUGUUUGCUGAUAGGCAUGAUAAAAGCAGCAAACAAAAAACAACACAAAGUUCUUUUCAGAAGAUUUGAUACAAUCACACAGAGACUAACGGUUAAUUGGUUGGCACUGUCACUAUUUGAUCAUUUAAAGAAAAAUGGAGGUAUGCAGUUGUUUAUGUUGUACAAAGCCACUCAAACUGUGAUAGAAAAAGCUCCUAUAGAUGCCAUAACGAUUCUUUGUAAAAAUACACUGGCUGAAGAAAGACUACUGAAAAACAGGGUGGAACAUGAGAUACUGACUUUAGAUAUUGACCUGAACGGAAACAGUGACCAGAGGAUACCAGUUAUUGUCCUAGAUUGUGACACAAUAACACAGGUUAAAAAGAAAUGUUGUACAGCUAUAUACAAAAACCAACCAGCAUCAGAAAUACCCACCCCAGAUGAACUGGAAUUAGAAUGGCAUGCUGGGAAAAGUGGAAAAUUGACAUUACAGGACAUUGAUAACAUCAGUGACCGUAGCAACGGAAUGAUACGUCUGAAUACCCUUAAACAUUACAUGGUGAAGAAUGGAAGUGUAAUGGCCCUGAUGUAUAAAGAAUCAUCAGGUCCAGAUGACAUAUAUGUGAAUCAAGGGGGUACUAUUGCUGCUGAUGAUAUUGAAGAUAUGGAGAACCAACAUGUUCAGGGAAUGGUUCCUACAAGUACAGACCAUGUCAAACUAUUGAUGCCAGAGACAGCAGCAGACAAUCAGGAUCUCAAAUGGCAUUUGGUUGCUUGUUCCAAAAACAAUCGUGAUGUAGAAAAUUUUCCUGAGAAAUCAAAUUUACCAGAUGAAGAAAAAUCCAACAAAGAACAUGAAAUUGGAGAAAUAUUUCUCAACAGAUUAUUCCAUACUAAGCUGAUAUUAAGAGACUACAUUGAAGCCUGUUUUGAGGGGAUUACUGAUUCUCAAUCCUUGUCAAUACCUGUACGGUACUUUCUGUGUAUGAUUGACAAGCAGGGAAAGGAAGUGGGUGUGGAUGGAGAUAUUCUACAAUCUUGGAAAAGUGAAUGCUAUGCAACAAGAGUUUGGGCUUCAUUGAUAGCAAAGCCUCAGAUAUUGUUUGAUGUCAAUGUACCAAGUCAUGUGGAACCAUGCAUGGAUAUCCUUAAACAAGUAUUCAUUGACAGCUUUACACAAUGUCCUCAACAUGUCACAAAGGAUGCUUCUACCCAGAAGUUAUUGUUCUGUAAGGAUAUUCCAGAAUACAGGAAAAAUGUGAAUUCUUUCUUCAUAAAAGUAGAGGCUGUCAAUGAUCAAGAGUUCUGGAAAGCAAUGGAUGAAAUAUCUAGUGAACAGACGAAAGAAAUGAAGUUCAGUCGACAGGCCACAUUACAUCAGCUGUACAAAUUUAUAGCUAAAUACAAAGAUGAGAUCAUAGAAGAUUUCCAAGAAAAAGAUGAGACUAAGGAUCUUGCCUUUGGUAAUAAGUUGGAAGAGGUCAUAGAUCUGAUGGAAGAACCAUAAACAUUGACUAGUUUUCAGGAUUAUAAGUCAUUAUUCACAUAACAACCAAUCAAAACUGUCAUUUUGGUAUAAUUGCUCCUAAAUGUUUUGGCAGAAAAAAUCAAAAUAGAAUUUUGAAAUCCUUUAUAUUUUGUAUAAAAGAAAAAUAUUAAGAUUUAAGCUAUGUUGUGAUAAAGUGUUAGUUUUGGUGUAGAUUUAGUCAGUACACACUUUUGUUUUAUUCAUCAAUUUGAAGAUGGUAGCACAUACAAUCAUCAGAUACUCCUGACAAAGGGAAAGGAAAGAAACUUUAACAUAAUGGUCAAUUUAGUAAAACUAAAGUUAUAAAAAGUAUCUUUAUUUUACAUUGAAAGUUGAAACAAAUAAAAACAGGAAGUAAGUAGAAAACCUUGAGCUGCAUAUAAUAUCAUGAUAAUAGUAUAUUUAGGCUAGUUGUAACGAUUCAGUGUCCUUUAUGAUAUUAAAUUGGAAUUCCAACAGCUCUUUUUUCAAAAGUUGUAAAUAAAGAGUAAUAAUAAGUGAUAAGGUAUACAACUUAUGCAAGUGUAAAGCAAUUGAGUUUUUUUUAUAAUUUCCUAUGUUGUUAUGACAUGUUUAUUUUUUUUUUAAAGAUCACAUUACUAUUUGCAACUUUAAUAGCUUUCACAGUUAAAGACUGUUAAACAUUUUUGUUAUAGUUUUUUGUUUGUUAUAUAUGUUUUAUGUCUUGCCUUUAAGACCAUAAUGUUUAUUAUUAUUAUUCCAUCGUUAUAUCAGUAUCCUGUUGUAAUUUUUAUUCAUAAAUCAUCUUUCAUUUUUAGAUACAUUUUAUUAUCUGUUGUAUGUUAUGGUACUAAAAAUUAUAUGUUUUGUUUUAAAGAUAUUAGGUAUUGUUCUUUCAAAGACUAUUUGUUCUUAAAAGAUUACUUCACAUUUAUAAGUUCUAGACACAUGUCUUUCUUUAUAUCAAGUGCUUUAAUUUUAAAAGUUUCACAGGGUUUUCUUUUUUUGCACAUACUAUUUUAAAUGAAACGUAAAAUUGGUUGAUUAAAUUUGUUUAUUCAAAGUUGUAAUUCAAAAUGUCAGUUAAUAAUUGGCUUGUAAAUUUUUAAUAAAAAAAGACAACAAUUUAAAGAGACCAUAUAAUGCUCAUGGUGAGAAGCUACAUUUUAAAUGUGAUUUCAUUCCCCAAAAAUUAAUACCAACUAGAAAAAUGAAUUUGAUUUUACUUUUUAUGUUGAUUUAUCAUUAUUACAUGUUUUAGUGUAGAAAUGGGUAGGUAUUUAGAAUAUCCAUAAAUAGGACAACCACCAUAUGUUGCAAAAAAAUCAAAAGUUAUCUAGAGGUCAAGUUAAGGUCAUCAGCAAUAAUUUAUAGAAAACAAAAAACACCGUAUUAAAAUUCUACCAUUCAUUUUUUUUUUUAAUAAGUGUUUAUUUACCAAUAAAGUUUAACAAAAGAGAACUGUAAUUAUAUUUGUGAUCACUUAAAAACACUCUUUAGUUUAAAGUUAUCUGAAUCAAACGAAGUAACAAUUAUUUUUUAACACAUGAGAACUGUUUGAAUGAAAAUAGUAAUAAGAGUUAUUGGGAGUGGUAGGAUAUAUAAAUGUUAAUUAGUUUGACAGUGAUUUUUGCUGAAACAUAACUAAGUGUUUUGUGAUAAAACAAAGCCUGCAUUUUGCCCAAGAGUAAUAACAAGCUAAAAUACAUAAUUGUCUAUCAGCAACAACUGAAGCUAAAAUACUGAUAAAAGUUCAUAAUAAAGGAAACAGUGUAGUGUAUAAAAAGGCGAGCAUGGAAAACAGUGUAUGAGAAGUCAAUCAAGGGAAACAGUGUAUCAGAAGGCAGAGUGUAGGAUACAUUAAAACCUUUCCUGUUAUAUACAGAACUUUAACUUUGAAAAUUUAAAGAAUUGUGCUUGUAAAGACUAUAUAUAUGCCUCUUGAUAAAUUAACUUCACUUUUACUAGUGUUAGACUCCUGGUUUUCUUUGUAGCAGGUAUUUUAAUCUAAAGAGCUUUACAGGGCUUUGGGUUUUUUUUUGUGAAAAAUAGAAUUGAGUAAAUAAGUAUUGGUAUUCAAAAAUGUUAUUCAUGAACACAUGUUUUUUUAUUCCGGUGCCCAUAUUAUGCUCAAGGUCAGAAGUUCAUACUAAAUAUUGAAUUACACUCAUAUAUAUAUUUUAAACAAGCUGUGAUAUAUAAUGUGCCUUUUGAUUAUGUUAAAAAUGUUUGAUAAUUCACAUUCCUUUAUUACCAUUAAUAUCUUUAUAAUAGUGCAAAUAUGUCCACUUUCUCAUGGAGAAAACUAAUUAUUGUCUUGCCUGCAAUAAAAGUCAAAGACAUGUGUUGCCAGCAGCUGCAUUUUCAAUUUGUAUGAAGGUCUUGUAUAUCAGAUUUUAUAUAUUUUGUACAGAUAUCUUCUUUUUUAGAAGUCUUUGACUUCAUUUUCAUAGUUCAGCGACUUCCUGAAAAAUAUUUUUUUAUCACAUGAUUUUCUCAUUUAUAAUGAGUAAUACAAUAGCUAUAUUCCUUAUAUAGAUCAUUGCAAGGUCUAAAUGUCUAUCUCACAGGGUUCACUUGACCUUGACCUCAUUUUAUGGAUGUGAUCAAGCAUUUGUUUGUUUCAACUGACUCGUUUUCGUGGUUGAUUUGUCAAUUUUAAGUUUGUGUGGUAAAGACUAUUUACCAGAUACUAUAAAAUGUAGGUCUACCAUGUUGGGUAUUUGAUUUGUCUAGGUUCAACAGGCCGUAACCUUACUUUCAUAGAUCAUUGAUAAAAUGUUAUUGUAGUUUAUUUGAUUCUUGUAUUUAACCCUUUAUCUUAAAAAGACUUUCAUCAUAAUGCUAAUCAUGAUCAGUAAAGCAGGCAAGCCUAUGUCAGCAUGUACAUUCAAAGGAUUCAUUAAUUUUAGUUUUAAAGUAUAUAAUCAUUUCAUUGUUGUUAUAUGUAUGGCCACUUAAGCUAAUGUUUAAUGUUAAAAUAGCAAUCACAAAGGCCCAUUCUGAUUUUGUGAUGUUCCAUAAAUUUCUCAAUAAACUUUGUACAAAUUCACAAACUAACAAGUUCCUAGUAUUGAGCUUUAACAUGGAAAAAUAUCCUCAGUAUUUCUACAAAAUAUAAUAUUGCAUUGUUGUUAUUUCAUGUUUGAUAUUAAUAGUAAUCUCAUUUAAACCAUUCAUGUUUAGUGAUAUAUUUUUACUUGUUAUUGAAUUUUAUAUUGGAUAUUUAAUAUAUAGUAUAUAUUUGUUCAUUUGUUGACUAAUCACUCUGCUUCCAGCUUUAUCUGCUACUAAUAAAAUAUAUUUUUUGA